CGGGCGGAAGUGCGGAGCGCACGGCGUAAGCGGCGACGCAGGCGGAAGCGGCGGCUCAGGGUGAUGUGCCCCUGAGCGGCAGUGGACUUGAACCAGCAGGAGUCACCAUCUUUAUUGUUCGGCUGUGCAAUUUGUUUUAGGCACAUUCUAAAUCCAGUCUUAUGCCUCUUGCUUUUUUUUUUUUAUGUGACAAAGAACUAAGUGGACUCCAGUGUUCAGAAUUUUAGCCUGAAUGUCUUAGUUCUGCCUAGGAGAGUUCCUCUGUACAACUGUUUCCCAUCCUCGCAGAGGGGCAUAGAUCUCAUGACCUUCAGCUGGGGACUUGUGCUGCUUACUUAUGGCUGGGUGUUGGUGAAUGCUUGCUAAUAAGAUAAGCUAUCUCAGAGAGUAAAAUUCAUCUCAGGAAAGUCCACAUUUUAGGGGAUCAUCAGGAUGCUGGCAAAAUCUGCAGAAGCAAGAUGCUCUGGUUUCAAGGAAACAGCAUACAAUUUGCCAAGUACUCCUUUAGACUCUUCCUGAGAAAUCACUCUGCCUCUAGGACUAUUCUGCCUGUGCUGACCUUAUUCACAAAGAAUCCAUGUCCCCUUUGUGAUGAAGCUAAGGAAGUGCUGGAGCCUUAUAAAAACAGGUUUAUUUUACAGGAGGUGGACAUCACACUUCCAGAAAACUCUGUUUGGUAUGAGAGGUAUAAAUUUGACAUCCCCGUCUUUCAUUUGAAUGGCGAGUUUCUGAUGAUGCAUCGAGUAAACAUCUCAAAACUUGAAAAACAGCUCCAGAAACUUGAGCAGCAAGGUACUGGAGGCUGAUGAAAGCCCUCGUGAUU